CCUCCACAGCAAUGCAGGCCAUUCCUCGAACCGCCGCGCGCUCUGCGCUGCGCAACGCCCGCCGUGGCUACAGCACCGCCAGCUCGCCGUACUCCAAGACGAUCGAGAACCUGCGCAUCAACAGCGAGACCAAGGUCAUCUUCCAGGGCUUCACCGGAAAGCAGGGAACUUUCCACGCCUCGCAAGCCAUUGAGUACGGAACCAAGGUUGUUGGUGGAACAAACCCCAAGAAGGCUGGCCAGACACAUCUCGACCUGCCCGUCUUUAAGAACGUCUCCGAGGCCGUCAAGGAGACGGGAGCUACCGCCACUGCGCUUUUCGUCCCCCCUCCCCUGGCUGCUGCCGGUAUCGAAGAGGCUCUUGACGCCCAGAUCCCUCUCGCCGUCUGCAUCACCGAGGGAAUUCCUCAACAUGACAUGGUCCGCAUCACCCAGAUGCUCAAGACCCAGGACAAGACCCGCCUGGUCGGCCCUAACUGCCCCGGCAUCAUCGCCCCCGGCCAGUGCAAGAUCGGCAUCAUGCCCGGCUUCAUCCACAAGCGCGGCCGCAUCGGCAUCGUCUCGCGCUCCGGCACCCUGACGUACGAGGCCGUCAACCAGACCACCCAGGCCGGCCUCGGCCAGUCCCUCGUCGUCGGCAUCGGCGGCGACCCCUUCAGCGGCACCAACUUCAUUGACUGUCUCAAGGUCUUCCUCGAGGAUGAGGAGACGGACGGCAUCAUCAUGAUUGGCGAGAUUGGCGGUUCCGCCGAGGAGGACGCCGCCGAGUUCCUCAAGCAGGCCAACACCGUCAACGGCGGCAAGCCCGUCGUCAGCUUCAUCGCCGGCAUCUCCGCGCCCCCCGGCCGCCGCAUGGGCCACGCCGGCGCCAUCGUCUCCGGCGGCAAGGGCGGUGCCGACUCCAAGAUUGCCGCGCUCGAGAACGCCGGCGUCAUUGUCGAGCGCUCCCCCGCUGGUCUGGGCAAGGCUCUGUACAAUGAGUUUGUCCGCCGCGAUCUGCUGUAAUCG